AUGGCGUCUUCCAGGCUACCUACCCUUUUCCUUUCCUCCGCGCUGCUGAUUCUACUCCUCCUCCUCCGCCCCGCCGCCGCGCAAGCACCCGCCGUCGUCAGAGCCGGCUACUGGUUCCCGGAAAGUGGAUUCGCCGCCUCCGCCAUCAACUCCACGCUUUUCACUCACCUUUACUGUAGGUUCGCCGGAGUUAUUUCGAGGACCUUCCGGGUCGUUGUCCCGGCCGCGUACGAGCCGCAAUUUUCUAGCUUUACCCCGACGGUACAGCGGCAGAACCCGUCGGUGAAAACCCUAUUCGCGAUCGGCGGCGGCGACGCCAAUUUCACGACUAUGGCUGCCAUGGCCAGCCAACCUGGUAGAAGGAAGGCGUUCAUCGAUUCCUCCAUAAGCCUUGGUGAGCAUCAAUACCCUUCGGACCCAACGGAGAUGGCCAAUUUCGGAACCCUCCUCACGGAAUGGCGAGCCGCCGUGACGGCGGAGGCCAGAAGCUCCGGCGACCCGCCUCUGCUUUUGUGCGCCGCCGUCCGCUACUUAUCCUACUACUUCUCACCCUCCGUCCAAUACCCUGUUCAGACAAUAUCCAACUCUGUGGACUGGAUCAACCUUAUCGCGUACGACUUCUACGGCCCCAUAUGGUCGCCGAACGCCACAGACACGCCGGCGGCGCUGUACAAUCCCGGCCGCAGCCAGAUCAGCGGCGACGCAGGGGUGAAUUCUUGGAUCGAAUCCGGAUUUCCGGCCAACAAAAUCGUCUUCGGAAUGCCGUUCUACGGCUGGUCCUGGCGGCUCGCCGACGCCGGGAAACAGGGGCUUUACUCGCCGGCGAAUGGGGAGAGCUUGUCUGAAGAUGGGUAUAUUGGGUUUGAUCGGAUUAGUGCGUUCAUUGCGCAGAACAGAGCAACCAGAGUGUUCAAUUCGACGGUGGUUUCCGACUAUUGUUACAGCGGGACGACGUGGAUUGGAUACGACGACGUUCGGAGCGUUUUGGCGAAGGUUGCUUAUGUUAACAACAAAGGGUUGCUUGGCUACUUCGCUUGGCAUGUUGGUGCUGAUGAUAAUUGGACUCUUUCUACCACAGGAAAGGGAGGAAGGGAUGUAACAACAUUUUUUGCGGGCGAAUUGGGAGAGAAGAACCCUAAAAUGUCAGCGGUUCGAUAUAGCUUCACACAACUUGAGAUAGCUACCAAUGGUUUCUCCUUUGAGAAUAAGGUCGGACAAGGUGGAUAUGGCCCUGUUUAUAAGGGAGUGUUGGCCGACGGAAGGGAGAUAGCGGUGAAGAAGUUGUCGAGAAACUCGAGCCAAGGAGACGAGGAGUUCAAGAAUGAGGUAAUGCUCACAACACAACUUCAACACGUAAACCUCGUCAGGGUUAUAGGUUACUGCAUCGACGCAGGAGAGCGGAUGUUGGUCUAUGAAUACUUGCCCAACAACAGUUUGGAUCAUUACCUCUUCGAUCCAGUGAGGAACUUAUUGUUGGAUUGGGCAAGAAGAGUGGAAAUCAUUGAAGGAGUUACUCAAGGCCUUUUAUACCUCCAAGAGUAUUCCGGCCAUUCGAUUGUUCAUCGCGACCUCAAACCGGGCAACAUUUUGCUGGAUUAUAACAUGAAGCCUAAGAUAUCUGAUUUUGGGCUAGCUAGGAUUUUGCUGACAGAUUCAUCAGAAGCUAACACUGAACGAAUUUCUGGAACAAGAGCUUACUGCCCACGAGAGUAUCUGCAGAAUGGCGUGUACUCCAAGAAAUCUGACGUUUACAGCUUCGGGAUCCUUCUUCUGCAGAUCAUAAGCAGCAAGAGAUGUGGUUCCCAUUACGGUCCCGAUGGAGAUUUAGAGCUUCAUGUCUAUGCAUAUGAACUGUGGAAAGAAGGUAGAGAGAUGGAGAUCAUGGAUCGUUCACUAGACGACUCGAAUUCAACUUGCAAGUUAGCGAAUUGCUUGAGAAUAGCUCUUCUCUGCAUCCAAAGGAAACCAAUGGAUAGGUUGAGUAUGCACAAGGUUUCGUCGAUGCUCAGAGAUUUCUACAGCAACGAUAAUGCAGAUGAAAGGAACAUUGAGAUCAGAGACGUCAGGUUCUUCAGUGAGGCUGUCAUUAAUGUAGUACAAUUACCUGAGUCCCCUGCUAAUUGCUCGACAAAUCAAGUCACAGUUACAGAGCCACAUGCCAGAACAUGA